CAUGCUUACGCACGCCCGCAAGCCACCCACGAAGCGACACACCCUGUCCUGCCCGGACGGAGGCUCAGCUCACUACCCAAUUCGAAACCAAGCUGUUGGCGCCCGCGAGCGGGAGCUGUGAUUCGGCUGACGUCUUGGUCUGAAAGAAGAGCAGAGUUUCGCUGCCCGUUUCGUCCCAGAUCCGUUCCCGCUCUCGCUGCGCGUCGGCUACCCGUCAUGUGGGCAUCAUCGGCUCUGCCGCAUCUCGCCUUCGGGCUCGCCGCCCUCUCCGGCGCCCGCGGCCAAAGCUACAAUGACAUUCCCGCUAUCGAGGCCUACGGCCAACACUUCUUCUACACCAACAACGGGUCCCAGUUUUACAUGAGGGGUGUCGCUUACCAAGAGAACUAUAAUCCCAACGGGACCGCUAACAACGACCCCAACGUGCAAUAUACCGAUCCCUUGGCCGACGCCUCCAAGUGCCGCCGCGACAUUCCCUUCUUGAGACAGAUCUUCACGAACGUCAUCCGAGUCUACGCCAUCGACCCCGCCCGCGACCACGAUGACUGCAUGGCGGAAUUGGCCUCGAAUGGCAUUUACGUCAUUGCCGAUCUUGGCCAUCCGGGUGUUUCCAUCGACAGCAACAACGCGGCUUGGGACGUCGAGCUAUACACUCGCUACACUGCUGUCAUCGACACCAUGAGUAAGUAUAACAACGUGAUCGGCUUCUUUGCGGGCAACGAAGUCGUGAGCGCCACGAACCAGACCUAUGCCGCCGCCUUCGUCAAGGCCGCCGUCCGCGACACCAAGGCCUACAUCAGGCAGAUGAACUACCGCCAGAGCCUCGGCGUCGGCUAUGCGACUGCUGACGUCCCUAGCCGGGACGAGCUGGCGCAUUACUUCGCCUGCGAGCCGGAGCAAGGCUCUUCUACGACCAUCGACUUUUGGGGAUACAAUGUCUACUCGUGGUGCGGUGACAGCAACUACGAGGCCUCCUCCUACGGCGAACGCGUCCAAUUCUUCAGCGACUAUCCCGUUCCCGUCUUCUUUGCCGAGUACGGCUGCAUCGAAGGAAUCGACGGCGGCCCUACCCACAGGCCUUUCACCGAGGUCGCCGUCCUCUACGGCAACAUGACAUCCGUCUUCUCCGGCGGUAUCGUCUACCAGUACUUCAUGUCUGAGAACAAUUACGGGCUGGUUGAGGUUGACGGCGACAGCGUCUCGCCGUACCCUGACUUUACGUCUCUGUCGUCGCAGCUAGCCAGGGUCACCCCGUCUCUGACGGUAUCGAGCGCCUACACCCCCACCAACAGCCCCCCUGCCUGCCCUACCGUUGGCGGUACCACGUGGGCUGCCGCUCCCUCGCCUCUGCCUCCGGCCGUCAACCCCCGGCUCUGCGCGUGCGAAGUUGCCAGUCUACAGUGCGUAGUCACUUCCGACGACGAAGACUCGUAUGCCGACGUCUUCGACUACAUUUGCGGCAGCAACCAAGAAUUCUGCGCCGGCAUCGACCACAACUCCACCCGGGGUGAGUACGGCGCGCUCGGCGGCUGCAAUCCCAAGGACCAGCUUGCUUGGGUAGCCAAUCAAUAUUACUUGGGCAACAACGGCGACGCUAGCGCCUGCGACUUCAACGGUUUGGCCCAGACGCAGAGCCCAACCACGUCGGAAGGCUGCGAGGCCCUGAUCUCGGCAGCCGGCACCAACGGCCAGGGGACGGUGCCUAGCCCGACAGGACGGCAGGGUACUGAAUCAGCAGGCGGUGCAUCGAGCUCGUCGGAAGGUAGGGGAAGCGUAACAACGCCCGCCUUCUUUAGCUACGGUAAGGCGUUCUUCGUCGCCUACGUCGUCACGGCCCUCGUUUCCGGGGUGGGCAUCUUCGUCCUAUAAAAGGACGGAGCAAACCGCCGGCCACUCAGGACAGGGCCGAAAGAUGACGAACCUGUACGUGUACGAGGAACAGAACGCGAGGAUUGAGAAUCUGGGGUUAGUUUUUAUUCGAUGGAAAAUUACCUAUCACAUCCGAGGUAGACGAUAUGCUACCCCUUGGCGGGUCAAUAUGUAAUAGCGGAGACGCAACGAUUCAGAACGACAACUAGAUUAGAGGCCAUGCGGAGGGAGUCCUGCGUUGAUCAUGGCAGGGUAUCGGAGCCUAUUACUACCUAGUUAACGAGGGGAGCGGAAAAGUUGUGUAGAUAGGUAUAUCUACCUACGUAGUUCCCACCUGGAUGUAUGUUUAUGUGAGCUGUUGUCACGGA